CUUCCAACCCAAUAAAAACACCCAAAUAUUUACUGAAAAAUAAAAACACCCAAAUAUUUAGUGAAAAUGGAGGCGGAAACUCAAGAAAAGGCAUCCGUGAUGCAGAGAGUGAAGGGGCGGUUAGACAAGAUCCGUAACACAAUUAGCAGCGUCGAAAAGAAGCCAAGAGAUUAGUCAAAGAAGAUCCUAGAAGAGUCGUCCACGCCUUCAAAGUCGGAUUAGCGAUAUCUGCGAUUUCUCUUCUCUACCACUUCGACUUCUUCUUCGCUGGAUUCGGCGUUAACGCAAUGUGGGCCGUCAUGACCGUCGUCGUCGUCUUCGAAUUCUCCGUCGGAGCAACGCUGGGAAAAGGUGUCAACAGAGCAAUUGCGACCUUGCUAGGCGGAGCUCUAGGUAUGGCGGCGCACGAUUUGGCCAAUCUGACGCCGGCGAAAGUGGAGGUCGGUUUGAUCGCCCUGUCUCUUUGCGUAAUAGGUUUUGGGAAUGUAUACUUCGAAGAAUCAUACGACAAAAAUCUAGCACCACUCAAAGAUUUCAAAACUGUGCUCAUCUCUAAAGACACUGAAGACUCUUUGGUCAAUUUUGCAUGGUGGGAGCCAAGGCACGGCAAGUUCCGGUACCGGCACCCGUGGGACCAGUACCUCAAGAUUGGGUCCGCAACCCGUGAAUGCGCAUACAAGAUUGACGCACUCAAUUGUUACCUCAACUCGGACGUGCAGACGCCAUUAGAGCUUCGUACAACGAUCCAAGACUUAUGCACUAAGAUUAGCACUAAAUGCAGUUUAGCUCUCACGGAUGUCGCAAUCGGGCUUCAGACAAUGACAUGCCCUUUGUCAAGCGAGAAACACAUUAUGGACGCUAAAGUUGCGGCCAAGACACUGAAGGCCAUACUCAAAACUGAGCUUUGGCACGACAUUGAAUUCCUCGAUAUAAUCCCAGUGGUGACAGUGGCCUCGUUGCUGAUCGAGAUUGUCACUUGCACGGUAAAGAUAGCUGACUCCGUUGAGGUGCUAGCGACGAAGGUGAAGUUCAAGAAGCCCAACCCAGAGAUGAACAGGUUGGCCAGCCUAGAAAAGGUGAAGAGGAUCCCAAGUAUUGAAGCAUCGCUUAGUGUUAACAUUGUGUUUGAGUGAUUAAUUAGUACUACUACGAUUAGCUAUGUGAUGGAAAAUAUAAACAUGAAUCGUAGUUCACUAUGCAAGCACGUAGGGGUGAAAAAAAAAUCGAAAAUCGAAUAUCCGAGCCGAACCAAAUCGAAAUUUUGAAAUUCGGUUCUGUUUUUUCGGUUUUUUGGUUCGGUUCGGGUGAAAA